CUGACGUUAAAGAAUUUCGAAAAGAACAAAUUAGUGUAUAGAAGUAUUCAAAGUUGUUUACAUUAUGGAUAAAAGAAUCCUCGCUUUGGUAGAAGACGACGAAAAAGACGAACGUCUAUUUAGGCACACUGUGGCUGUUCAAAAACAAGCUGAAACGCUAAAACAGAAAAUUCAAGAGACUUAUAACAAAUUAACUGUCUCGGAGAAAAAUUUAAAAAAUAUGGAAGAUGAAGUUUCAAAAAUCCGCUGCGAGUGGAUAGUUUUAGACAAUCAGGAAAAACAAUUAUUGGAAUGCGUAGAAAAUAGGGCCAGCGAGGUGCUUCAAAAAGAGCAUGAACUAAAAAUAUUAAAGUUUCAAUUUAAAAAAUAUAUGCGGGAAACUGUAACAACAAUGCAACGUCUACCGAGGGAAAUCACUGAACCCAAAACUUCUGGUGAAAAGGAAAGCAAACUUGAACAAGAAAAUGAACAGAAACGAAGAAUUUGGAUGCUGGAAGGAGAAAUAAAUGCGUUAAAAAUGUAUGAAUCGUAUCAAUCUAAGAAAGUGCAAGAAAUGGAAAAUAUCGAAGGAGUUUUAAAAGAUUAUACUUGGAAUGAUGAUAGCUGGGAGAAUAUAAAACAUAUGUUUAAUAAGCUUGCCUAAAUUUAAUGCUUAAAAAUUAGUAUUUUUUGACGCUAUUUCAAGCUAUUAUGUUUUAAAAAUAUUUUAUUAUAUUAAACACUGUUUGAAACUUGUUAAAUUUUGUUAAAUGUUAAAUGUUCAUAUC